AUGAGGCUCAUCUCGGCCUUGCUCGUCGGCCUGGCCGCCCUGAGCACUGCUGCUUCGGCGCCUGCCUCCCAUGUCGUCCACGAGAAACGCGAUUCCACCCCGUCCAGGUGGGUGAACCUGGGUCGCGUGCAGCCGAACUCCAAACACAUCAUGCGCGUGGGGUUGAAGCAGAACAACAUCGACAAGGCGUACGAGUAUCUGAUGGAUGUGUCGCACCCAAGCUCCCCCAACUACGGCAAGCAUUGGACGCCAGAGCAGGUCAUUGAGGCCUUCGCGCCGUCCGACGAGACCGUCUCCAGUGUGCGCCAGUGGCUGAAUGAAGCCGGCAUUGCCGAUUCGCGCAUCACCCACACGGAGAACAAGGGCUGGCUGGCCUUUGUUGCGACGGGCAGGGAGCUGGAGGGCCUCUUGCAUACCGAGUUCUACAACUACAAGGACAAGUCGAGCGGGAACAAAGUGGUCGCGUGUGAACAGUAUCACGUUCCUCAGCAGAUUCAACAGCAUAUAGACUUCAUUAAGCCGGGCAUCCUAUUAGCCCCGUCGAAGAAGGGCACCUCUGUCGAGCGAAGCGUGAAAAGAUCAGCCGGCUCGCGACCUCCAAAGAACCGGCCUGUUAUGGAGGCGCCACCUCCCGGGUUGGCGAACUGCGACAAGCUCAUCACGCCGGAGUGCAUCAAGGCUCUGUACAAGAUCCCUCCCGCGACGAAGGCGCAUCCCAACAACUCUCUGGGGAUCUUCGAGGAAGGCGACUUCUACUCCCAGAAGGACCUGGACCUGUUCUUCGCGAACAUGUCGUCCCACAUCCCGCAAGGCACGCACCCGAUUCCGGCCUUCAUCGACGGAGCGAAAGCGCCUGUCUCUGUUGAACAGGCCGGCGGUGAAUCGGAUCUGGAUUUCGAGCUCGCGUAUCCGAUUGUCUACCCGCAGAACAUCACUCUCUAUCAGACGGACGAUUUGCUCUAUGCUCUGACCUCGAACUACACGAGCGGAUUUUUCAACACGUUCCUAGACGCAAUUGACGGGUCAUACUGCACGUUCUGCGAUUUCGGCGAAUGCGGAAACGGCACCGGAAUCGACCCGGUUUAUCCAGACCCGGCAGAGGGAGGAUAUAAGGGACAGUUGAUGUGCGGGGUGUACAAGCCGACGAAUGUCAUUUCGGUGUCGUACGGAGGGCAGGAGUGGGAUUAUCCUGCUGCGUAUCAGCAACGGCAAUGCCAUGAGUUCUUGAAACUGGGCCUUCAAGGCGUGUCCAUCUUCUUCGCCUCUGGCGACGACGGUGUUGCCGGACCGCCGGGUGACGACAGCGACAAUGGCUGUCUCGGGCCUGAGAAGAAGAUCUUCAGCCCUACUUUUCCCAACAGCUGUCCGUAUGUUACCAAUGUCGGCGCAACCAAGAUCUAUCCCGGCUACACAGUGUAUGACAAUGAGAGCGCGGCAUAUGAUCCCAAAGGCCAUCCGUAUGCGAUCGCCUACGCGUCUGGUGGUGGCUUCAGUAACAUCUAUCCCGUCCCGUCGUACCAGGCUGACGCGGUAGCGGCCUACUUCAAAAAUCACAACCCGCCGUAUCCCUACUACGAGGGCAACUCCAGCUUCGGCGCGAACGGCGGUCUCUACAACCGGCUGGGACGGGGCUACCCGGACGUGGCAGCGAAUGGCGACAACAUUGCCGUCUUCACCCAAGGCCGCUUCGAGUCGUCAGGGGGCACCAGCGCGAGCACGCCGAUUUUCGCGUCGAUCAUCAACCUCAUCAACGAGGAGCGUCUCGCCAGGGGAAAGGGGCCGGUAGGGUUCAUCAAUCCGGUGCUGUACGAGAACCCACAGGUUCUGAACGACAUUGUCAACGGGACGAAUCCGGGGUGUGGGACGAAUGGGUUUUCAACUGCUCCGGGAUGGGAUCCUGUCACCGGUUUGGGAACGCCAAACUAUCCGAAGAUGCUGGACUUGUUUCUGAGUCUGCAGUAA